AUGGGGUCUUUCUCAGCCCUCGUGGCAGCGUUCGCUGCUGCAUCUGUCGUCGCCGAUGUCGCGAUCGCACAAAGGGUCAUUCCUGUGGGCUUUAGUAAACCAACCGCAAGACUACCUGCUCUUCACAAGCGCGCCGGAACGUAUUCGCAAGAGCUGAAUAACAAUCUGACCGGCGGUGGCUACUAUGCCCAAGUUACGGUGGGAACACCGCCGCAGACCGUCGACUUGAUUGUCGACACCGGGAGCAGCGAUGUCUGGAUAUUAGAUUCGAACGCCAACCUCUGCCAUUCCAAAACAAUGCAGUCCUAUUACGGAUAUUGUUUGUCGACUUACGAUCCCUCCAACAGUUCGACCUACUCUGUCGUUUCUCAGGACACUUUUAACAUCCGUUACGUCGACGGGUCAGGGGCUGAGGGCAACUACAUCAAGGAUAACUUCGGCAUUGGUGGAGCCGAGAUCAAGGCCCUGCAGAUGGGCCUCGCCGAGAAUUCCACCAUCAACUCCGGCCUCUUGGGUAUAGGGUUUGCCGCCAAUGUCGCUGCAAAGACUCCCUAUCCGAACAUCAUGGAUCUGUUCCAGAACCAGAACCUGACUGCCAUUCAGGCCUACAGCUUAUAUCUAGACGAUUUGUACGCUGCGACGGGGACGAUCCUGUUCGGCGGUCUUGAUACCGAGAAGUUCAUCGGCGAGCUCAAAACCGUCGACAUCCAACCGGAUCGCUACGGCAAUUAUUCCUCCUUCACUGUCGCCCUCUCCUCCCUGACCACGACCGCUGAUAAUGGCACCGUGGCCAAUUAUACUACCCGGUCCGCCGUCCCGGUUAUUCUCGACUCUGGCACUACGUUGACCUACGUCCCUUCUAGCAUGGCAAAUCGCAUAUUUCGCGCAUUUGGUGCGGUGGAUGACACCUCCGGAACAGGGCUUGUCUUCGUAAACUGCGAUUACUUGGACGACAACAAGAAUCUCACCUUUGACUUCCAAUUCGGCGGGGGAGAUGGCCCCGUCGUCCGUGUUCCCAUCGACGAGAUGGUCCUAAAUAAUGUACAAGAUUACGUGGAGCUAGGCUUGGACGUUCCCUCCUUGCCCUUCGACAACGUUUGCAGCUUCGGCCUGCAACCAAAUUCCGACUACUACCUACUUGGUGAUACGUUCCUUCGUUCGGCGUAUGUGGUUUACGACCUCACCAACAAGCAGAUCGGCUUAGCCCAGGCCAAUCUGAAUAGCACUAAGAGCAACGUUGUAGAGAUCACACAAGAAUCAGGCAUUCCGGAUGCUAGUGGCGUCGCUUCUCAGGUUACCGCAGAGCAGACGGCCACGGGGCUGCCCGGCACUGGCAACGUCAACGGCGGACAGACCACCACAACUGUUAGCUCCUCGAGCACUUCGUCCAGCCAGAGCAGCGGAAAUGCCGGCGCAAGAACUGUACCCGCUCCCAACCGGGAGGCCCUAGCCGUAGCUGCCAUAACGGGUCUGUGUGGGUUGAUGGGUGUUGGCUUGGUUGUAUUAUAG